GGCCCCAUCUGUGGAUCUAUUGGGUAAGGGAGCUGCCAGGGUGACGGGGAUUCAAGUUUCCUCCUUUACUGGGGAAACUGCCCCAAAAUAUUUCGAGAAUUUCUCCGAGACGGCUGCGGAAGGAGGAUUAGUCGGUCUGGGUGGCUUCGUUCGGUGCAUUGAAAAGACAGGGCGAAACAGCCUUUGCACGCUUUUCCUUAACGCGGUCCCAGCCAGGAUAAGAGAGCUGCAUGUGAAGGGUCCUUAGGGCAUGACCUAGUUCUCGGUUUGAUUGUUCCAUGGGGAAGAUACCACUCAAAACUAAGGCUCUGAUCCUGCAAACACCAGUGCAUCUGCUUAACUUUGAAUAUUUCUCUCAUUGUCCUUGAAGACAUUCCGGAAGCUGUAUAUUGAUCUUUCAUUCACUGCAAAGCUCUGUGGAAUCAAGUUAUGUCAACAGCUGCUUUAAUUAAUUUGGUUAGAAAUGGAGGGUAUCAAGUGAGAAGGAGAGCGCUGCUGACAUCCCGCCUCUUGCAAGACGACAAACGCCUGACUGCUGUGUGCCAGAGCUCCACCACAGAACGCAGGGCUUCCCGCUUCGAUCCAGACGGCAGUGGGCGUCCAGCCACAUGGGACACUUUUGGUAUCUGGGACAAUCGCAUCGAUGAGCCCAUACUCCUCCCACCCAGCAUAAAGUAUGGGAAGCCGAUUCCCAAAAUCAGUCUGGCCAAGGUGGGCUGCGCAAGCCAGAUUGGAAAGCGGAAGGAAAAUGAGGACCGGUUUGAUUAUGCUCAGCUGACAGAUGAAGUCCUGUAUUUUGCAGUGUAUGAUGGGCAUGGUGGGGCUGCAGCAGCUGAUUUCUGUGCUAAGUACAUGGAAAAGUACAUUCAAGAAUUCCUUUCCCAGGAGAAGAAUUUGGAAACCGUGUUGACCAAAGCUUUUCUAGAAAUAGACAACGCAUUUGCGAGGCAUGCUCACUUAUCUGUUGAUGCAACUCUGCUGAACGCUGGGACCACUGCAACAGUGGCCCUGCUGCAAGAUGGCAUUGAACUGGUUGUGGCCAGUGUUGGGGACAGUCGUGCACUAUUGUGUCGAAAGGGAAAGGCCCUAAAACUCACCAUUGAUCAUACUCCAGAAAGGAAGGACGAGAAGGAAAGGAUAAGGAAAUGUGGUGGCUUUAUAGCGUGGAACAGUGUGGGUCAGCCCCAUGUGAAUGGUAGACUUGCAAUGACACGGAGUAUAGGAGAUUUGGAUCUUAAAAACAGUGGAGUAACAGCAGAGCCAGAAACUAAAAGGGUUCAGUUGCAUCAUGCAAGCGAUAGCUUCCUGGUCCUUACUACAGAUGGCAUUAACUUCAUGGUGAACAGUCAAGAGAUAUGUGACUUUAUUAACCAGUGCCAUGAUCCCCCAGAAGCAGCCCAGGUUGUGACUGAGCAGGCUAUACAGUAUGGUACUGAAGAUAACAGCACUGCUGUCAUAGUACCAUUUGGAGCGUGGGGAAAAUACAAAAACUCUGAGGUCAACUUCUCAUUCAGCCGCAGCUUUGCCUCGAGCGGAAGGUGGGCAUGAGGAGCUGCUGGAAUCAGAUUUACUGUGCAAUAACCUGUAUGUCGCAUGCUACCGGAGAACACAUCUUGCCCAUUUAUUUUUCUCCCACUAUUGUACAAAAUAGUAAGCUUACUGCUUUCUGGGUAACAAACCCUAAUCAUGCACAUGUCCCAUUUUAAUUGAUGUUUUCAGAUUUUAGGCAGGUAUUCAUUUUACUGACUUUUUUUGUUUCCAAUCCCAGAGGAUGAUGGGUAGUCCUGUGCAGAUGGACUAGGUGCAGGGCAGUAAUCAAUACAUGUUUUGUUGUGACUGAUUUAUCUAGUUCUCUGUGAAAGAUUGAUAUGCUGGAUAGACUGAGCCCUGUGCUCCCCCCGUGCACAAAACACCAGGGAGAGGAGCAAACACGUAAUCAUGAGGAGAUAAAAGGUGCCUGUUUUGUCUUCCACUGUGUCACAGCCACCAGAAAAGUCCUUCUGCGCUUCAGGAGAAGCAUGUGAAAAAUAGUGGCAUGGCAAGAGAGGAUUCAGGAAUAGGCUAUUCUAUGCAGCAAGCUCCUCUGACACAACAGUGUAAGUUUAGCCCCAAAGUCCUGUCUAAAUUAAUGCUGCUAAGCAGAACAAUACCUUGACCUCUACGCUCUGCAAGUCAAAGUAUGUGCAGGCCCGGAGCCAAACGUGCAUGGCAGCCAAGGCAGAUAUGCUGCCACUGGAGGCAGAGGAGAUUCCCUACAAUGGCCUGGAGUUUGUGAGGUCUCUGCUGUCCUACGUCUCUGGCCAGUGUGGGAUUUGGAGGCCACAUUGCAGUUCUCUUUGUAAACCCUUGACACAGUUUCACUGAGAGGAACAUGAAGCUGGUCUACAGGGUUGCAAAAAGCUGCGUAUUUUUCAAAUUAAGGGGCACUGUGAAUUUGAAUUCCAUUUCUUAAUGAUUUAAUUUCUCACUAUUCCAUUUUCUAGUUGAGCUCCCUGGAAACAGUGCAACAGGAAUGUUUUAAUUCUUUUAAAAAAUGAGUAAGGGCUUUUGUGCUCUCCAGAAAAGCCAGUUGCUAGUUGACUAUGUACAGGAUGCCAUCAAGUGCACAAAGUAGACUGGAAAAAGGGGAGUGUCAUGGGGCGCAACACUCACCGCUAAACUGGUACCUCCUCCUGGUCACUCUGGGGAUUAGCUCAAGGAUGACAUCCCCCGUCCGCGGUUUGCACCCCAUCACUCUGUCUCACUUCUGCUGGCAGUCUCUCCAGGAACUGCCACAUCCUCUUUAUGACUUGGCCCUCCAGCCAUGUCACUGCCUGUGUUUUCCUCUUCCGGGAGCCAGUACCUUGCAGUCCAUUCGUCCACCCAUUUCCAUCACUGGCAAAUGUGGGGAACCCAGACCCAUCUACUAUUCCAGGUCCCAACCCAGGGACCCUGUAGUUGGCAGCCACAUGCUGCGUCCUCUCUGACUGUUCAGUACAUUUCCCUGGGCCACUUCCUUGUUCACCUUUACUUCAGGGCCCCUGCUGCUCAGUCCCUGCAGACAGCUAGGUGCUCUCUCACUCCGGUCCCUGCCAGCAGCUGCCUUGUCCAUGGUGCUAAUGCCUCUUUUAGCUGCUAGGAACCCAGUCCUUACCCCUGGAGCUCCAGGCCAUGACUGCCCAAAUCUGACCCCGCAGCUUCUUUUACA